AUGAAUCGUCGAGGGGACAAUAGACUGAAAAGGGCAGGAGGUGUAGCUGCUAAAUCUGUUGCACCUUCUGCCAGAACUACCCGGAGCAGGAAAAAAAACGCUAAUUCUGAGCCUAUUGAUGAGAAGGAGGAUAAUGCAUCAACAGUUUCUAAAGAUUCCCAGGAAAUGGAUUCAACUGUGAAGGAUUUAAGUAUGGUUCCAAACCAAGCUCCAGAAUCAGAUUCAACUGUUGUGCCCAAAACUCUUUCAAAUGUUCAUGAAAGAUUUUCCCCAGCCUUAUACAAAGAAAACAACAGAUUAUUAUCUUCCACCAGUACGUUAGAUGCACAUUCCAUUCAUGAUUUACGUACAUCACCAUCUCCACCAAAACUUGAAUGCAUCCAGACAAAUGUUGUUGUCUCACAUCCAGCAGAACCUAGAUUUCCUAAUAUAACAGACAGUAAUUGUGGUAAGGAAGAAAAUCUUGCUUUAUUAGCAAAAAAAGUGCCAAAAAAGAGGAAAUUUACUCCAUCAGAUGUUGAAGACAUGAUUUCUACAGAAAUCAACAAACCAUUUGAGCCUUCAAGUGUGAUCACAAGAACAAUAACUCAACCGAUAACGCAGCAGACUUCCCCACCGCAACUUCUUUUUUUAUCGCCUAGUGAUGUAGAUAUAGACUUAAAGGAUUGGAAAGGACAAAGAGUUCUGGCUAAGUGCAAUGGUGUAUAUCUGCCAGGAAUUAUAAAAGAAUUGAGAACUGGAUGUGAUAUUGUUAUAAUGUUUGACAAAGACCAAUCGACAAAGUGCAUCUUUGAUGUUUUUGGCAAUGGAAAGUAUGAUAUAAUUAGUGAUCAUAGCCCUUCACCGGGGCAGGUAAAAGUGGGUACCUGUGUAUGUGUGCGAAUUAACCAAGAUGAUAAUGUAUUUCUUAUUGGGGAGGUUGUGGACCUUAAAUCAAAACCAGUAUUGUUUAAAGUGAAGUUGGAAGUUUCUUCAACUUCUAAUUUCACUUCAACUUAUGUUUGGGUGUCAAGAGCAAACCUUAGGCUUCUUUUGCCACCUUGGUGGGAAGAACUUGAUAUGGAUCCUCAACCAUCAAUGCCUUUUACUCCAGCACCGCCUCAGUUGUCUGUACACAGCAACUUACAACAUCUAGAACCUAGUGAAAAUAUGUCUUGGAGGCCCCAAAAUGCCUCAGUUGAGCAUGCAGCUUCAUCAAGUGCAUUCACACAAGUAAUUACAAAUCAUCAGAAUUACCAAGACAUGCCUUUAAGGCUGACAGCUCCUGUGUCUGAGAUGUUUGCAACAUCUCUAUCUCCAAGCCAAUUGCAGUCAACUCCAUUACCAAAUACUUACAGCAUUAUAACAUCGGAGCAAAUGGUACACGAGGCUGUACUGAGCAAAAAGGAAAUUAGAAGUCCUCAAUUUGAUGAAGAAUCCUCAGAUGAUGAUUUGAAAAAGGAAAAUAUUAAGUUUGAUCAGGAUUAUUUUCCAUAUCCUUAUAGACCCUCUGCACUAUCUCAAGGGAGUUUAACGCCUCGAUCUCAAUCUCGUAAAAGUGAAACUGUUUUAAGUCGAGCAAGUACAGAUUCUUCAGAGUGCUUGGGCACUUCUCGUUCUCCAGCUAUGCUUAAUGCUAAGUAUAAAAAGGGUGAUAUAGUGUCAACGCCAAAUGGAAUUCGUAAAAAAUUCAACGGUAAACAAUGGAGAAGAUUAUGUUCAAAAGAGGGCUGUACAAAAGAGUCACAACGACGUGGCUAUUGUUCAAGACAUUUAUCACUUCGUGGCAAAAAUAUACGUCCACCAUCUUUGUCUUUUCCAGGUCGCCGCAAGGGAACAUUUAAAGACUCUGCUACAGGAAGGGAAUUGGAAUGGGAAGAAUCUUCCCAUGACAGUGAAUCAAAUCCUGUGUUUUCUGAAAGAGACAGGGUACAAGGUCGAUUUGAUAGAGAUGAAACUGAAGCUGCCAAUAUGCUUGUUUCUUUAGGAAAUUCUAGAUCUGCUACUCCAGCAUUUUCUCCCAAUAAUACCCCAAAUCCAAUUUCUCCUCGUACAUUUCAAGCAUCCAAUCACAUAAAUUUAUUUACACCUAUUCAUCCUUUGCAUUCGCCUACUGUGAAUCAGCAGACUGCGCAGUGGACAGUGUCUCAGGAUUCUCAAACUCUAAGUGCUACGUCGGAAAUUAUUUCAAAUAAUUACCAUUCACCAACUACAAAUACCAUUUACCAUCCAGGUGCCAUAAGAACUGAAGUAAUUCAGCAUCCCACAACAGUUCAUGAGCUCAGUGUUCAACCGGAGGCUAGAGCUUCUGUACUUCAUUUGAGUACGAAUCAGCCAGAUACUUUAUCUGUCAUUCAAGCUGCAAAUUCACAACCAAUUCUCAUGAGAGAUCUGCCACCAACAGUGUCUGGAAAUCAUAAACAAGAACAUGUAAUCAUGAAAGCUUCAAAAGAUGGUAUUAUAACACUACCUCAAAAUAUUCCAGAAAGAAUUAGUAUUGAGGAAGCUCCUAGUCGUAUGCCACAAUUACAAACCAUAGUACUUAUGAAAGAAUUAAGAAAUGAAUCGUCAUUUAUAAAUGAUGAACCAAGUGUUAUAACUUCCCCGCCAUCAAAUAAUUUUUCUUCUAAUUAUGGUACGAAAAUAAUAGUUUCAUUUGCAAACGAUAAAUAUCCCGUAACUCUUGGAGUGAUGCAAGGCCUAUUCCAUGCAAAUGCAUCUGCUGAAGCUCCAACUCCUCCUGAACCACCAGUUAAGGAUCCAGCCCCACCAGAGCCUGAAGAUGGAGAUGACGAUGUGUUUGUGACAACUGACAACGUCCCUCUUGAUAAUAUAGAAUCCAUUGAUAAACGUCGCACUCAAUCCUUAAGUGCUCUGUCUAAAGAGGAACUUAAAAGCCCUAAAAAGCCGGUAAGUCGAGAGAAGGAUCAUAUAAGACGUCCAAUGAAUGCAUUUAUGAUAUUUAGUAAACGACAUCGUGCUCUUGUUCAUCAGCGACACCCAAACCAAGAUAAUCGAACUGUAAGCAAAAUUUUGGGCGAAUGGUGGUAUGCAUUGGAGCCAGAAAGAAAGCAGAAAUAUCAUGAUUUGGCCUAUGAGGUCAAAGAAGCACAUUUUAAGGCAUAUCCUAACUGGAAAUGGUGUAGCAGAGACAGGAAAAAAUCUAGUACAAGUUCAGCACCUAAAGACAAUCAAAAAUUGACUGGACUUGAUGAAUCCUCGAAAAGACCUAGAUCAAGAUCGCUUUCACAAUUACCUGACCCUUGGCACACAAGUUUGUUAACUGGGUCCGUUGAUAAAGGUGAUAUAUUAAAAGAUUCUGUAGAAAAGAAAGACUCUGGUUUCUCAGAAAGCCAUGAUGCUAAAAAAGGACAGGACUCAGAUAGUGAUGAUGAAAGAAUGGUCAUUUGUGAAGAAGACACUAAUGGAACCAAUGAAAAAAUUGCUGCUUGUGCAGAAGACUCCUUAAUUGAUUUGAAAUGUAAAGAAAAGGUUACCGAAAGUGAUACUGAAAGUCAAUCGGAUGAUGAAUCUCUUAUUGAAAACAAAGCAUUUCCUCAACAACGGUUUUCUCCUGUGAUGAAAAUAUCUCCUUCAACAGAGGUAACCCACCGACCUAAACCAAUAAAAGCUCAUCCUUGUUCUACUUCUCAAGUUCCUUUCUCAAUUGGACCAAGUAACACCAGCAAUAACUCUACAUCCAAUUCUCAUGGAAAUGGACCUUUUUUAAGACCUUUACCCACCGGUUCCGGCUUCCAACCCACAGGGGCAGUUUUUAAGGAUGUUCAUUCCCCCAAAGUGCACAGCUCUGAUGCCUUUUCAUCCUUUCCUGUCGACACUCAAAAACCUUCCAUCAUUGUGACUUCUGAACAAGGUGUUUGUGACAGAAUUUCAUCGUCACCUGAUAUGCCUGUCCUGACUCCUAAAACGCCAUCCCAUGUGGAAAACUGUAAUGAUUUUCAGUCUCAAACUACAAUGGCAGAGAAGAACAAUUUAUUUAAUCAGCUUUUGUCUUCAAGCAAACCUGUUGAAUCUCAGAAACCUAAAGUCCAAAAAACUGUACAGAAGCUGUCUAGAGGAAGUGCUCUUCCCCCUCCUCUUUCUAUUCCUUCCUUCAAUGUAACUCAUUCUUCUGUCUCGAUACCAUCAACCAUUCAUUCCAAUUCCAACAACUACGCGAAAAGUAUUUCACCUCUGACUCCAGCAAUGAGCAAGCAGUUGCAAUCCUUACAAGUUCCAGUCACAAGUGACAAAUCUAAGCUGCAAAUAUCUCCAAUAUCUGCCUCUUUACUUCAGACAUCACAAACACUUCUUGUAUCUAAUGGUGCUUUAGGAGCAACUCAUUACAGCAUGGCAAUAAUAAGUCCACCCGUUUCCAAGAAUUCCGCCCCAUCUCCACGUGUUUCUCCAGCUCUUACAUCGCCUGAAUAUAUCACUGCAACAUUGAAGAAUUUAGUUAUACCAGCUUCUAAGCAAAAUGGAAUACCAUCUGUCAGUCAAACACCUCCAACAACUGUUUUAGCUAAUCUUGUGCUUAAAACAAGUGCUCAAUUACCUUCACAAGGUCUGUUAUCUAGUCCAACAUCCCCUGGACAGUUUCAUUUAUCCCCACAAAUAAUCUCAACCUCAAGGGGACAGGUGCAAUACAUAUUGCCUUCAUUCACAUUGCAAUCUCCAAAUGUCAAAGAAUCAGCUUAUGUAACUGUCAGUCAAGUUAAAUCCCCAUCCAUGACUCUAGUGGCAUCAGCUUCUCCUACUGCUAGUCCUCGAGCUUCAACUAUCAAUACUAGAAGUCCUCAUCCCCGUAGUCAGUCUCCCCAGUUUUAUGCUGAUAUUGAAUCAACGUAUUCUGAUAAUAUGAAACCUCAGAGAUCUUGUAAAGGCAAGCGCUAUAAAGAAAUGGUUGCCGAGGGUGGAAUUCGAGCAAAGAAAAAGCCGUCUAAACUUGGAUUUCUCAAUGACUCAUCUCAACAAGCAGAAAAUGGCACCUCCAAUGAAAAUAAUUCAGUUUCAUCCAAAUUGAGUAUGCCACAGCUAUCUGCAAUCACAUCACUUCAGAGCUCUGAUGAAUCCAGUCCGUCAACAACAGAAGAAAGCACCAAUGACCCUGCAUCGUCCCCUCAAGUUUGUUUCGUCUUGGCCCCCACACCAGCCCAGCUGGGAAGGGCGCCCGGUCAGUUACAUCAGCGCAGGUCUUCCGGCUCUCAGGAUUCUUGUUCCAAACCUGUCGAUGAGGACGCCGAUGAGUUUUCUGAAAGUAAAACGGAUUCUGUUCCCAACAGCAGUCAACAGGAUUUGUUGAGUCCAAAAAAGCCAAUUCUAAAAAGGAUGAUCGACGAUGGCAUGGAUAAGGUUCUUGAGCAAGUAGACUUUGAGGCUCGUUUUGCAAAUCUUCCUCAAUUUAACCCGGAAGAAUCCCCCUCUGCUGCAGCAGCAUCAUUGCCAAAUAGUCCGAGGGCUUUUGUAAAUAGUUACAGGAAGAAAAGAAGACUCUCUACUGCUCAAGAUCAAGACGAAGUUGAACCAGUAAAAAGUCCUACAAAACCAAAGAACCAAUCCAGUAGUUCAGAAGCUGGUACACCAAAAACACCCAAAAGUACAAAAUUUGAAGGAAACAAGUUUUUUGGGCCAAAUUUUAGCAUAGAAGAUUUCAUUGAAGCUGAAUGUUCCAAUGCACAUUCACCACGAACUCCGAAAACCCCCAGUGAUGCUGAGAAAGGCGUCUCUUCUCAAAGAAGGAUAUUAGAUCACCGUAGGCACUUAGUGAUGCAGUUGUUGAAAGAAGUUGGAUUGUUUCCCACAGCCCAAGCAACAGCACAAUUUCAGCAUGUGCAUCAAGAAGCUUUUCCGACCAAGAACACUCUACAACUGAAAAUACGUGAGGUUCGCCAGAAACUCAUGGCCCAAAGUUCUGGCACUCCACAACCUCCUACGACACCUACUGGUGUUGUGGGAGGAUUAAAUCCUGGCAGUGGUAAUCUUACUCCUAGACUGGACACCAUUCCAGAUGCUGCUGUUCGUUCAGGAACGACAACAUCUCAGCAGUUUUUAACUCCUAGCCCAAUGUCAUCAAGUAGCAAGUCCCGCCCAACAGCAACCCCUCCUUCUCUAUCCACUCCAAACGAUGGGAACAAGAGUGUUUGUCCGCAAUCAAGCUCUUCUCAAGAAAAACUACUGGACAUGCCAGUAAGCUAUGACCAGAGCUGAUAGAACUAUUUUAAUGCACACUUUUCUUAAACUGAAGCUGAAUGCUUCGCUAAAGGCAAAUAUUGAUGCUAGUCAUGUUUUUGAGGACGUACCGCGAGGUCAGGCUUAAAGCAACCUCCGUGUAAGGUUUUAAAAUGUUUUUGCUUUAGUCUUAGAAAAAUCAGCGAUCUUGUUAGAGUAUUUCAUAUUUUCCUCGGAGUUAGAAGUUCACUUUUAUACACUCAAAACUAUGCAUGUAUGAAAUACAUGCUGUUACAAUUCUAGAGCUACAACAGGUGUGCUUCAAAAAUCAAAUCUAAAUCACCAUAUUUUUUGAAGCAUUAAAAAGACAUGGUUUUGCAAUUUAUAAAAGUAUUAAAUUUAAUUCCUGAAUCUUAUUUAAAUGAUUAAUUGCAGUUAAAAUAUUUAAUC